AUGAUGUUCCCCAGCCUCAUCGCUCCGCCGGCCGUCUACCCCAGCCUCCUGCGGCCGACUCCCACCCUCACCUUGCCUCAGUCGCUGCAGUCAGCUUUUUCCAGCCAUUCCAGCUUCCUGGUGGAAGAUUUGAUCCGGAUCAGCAGGCCUACCAGUUACCUGCCCAGGACUGCCCCCCCGCCCAGCAUGUCCCCCCCGACUUCAGCGGCCAGGACGGACUCGGGGACGCCGGAGCUCGCCAGCUCCACCACCUCCGCCGGCUCCAGGAGGAUCUGUUCGCCACAGACUUCCAGCAGCGACUCCACUUUCCUGAAGUUUGGCGUCAACGCCAUCCUCUCCUCCGCCCCCCGCACCGAAACCUCCCCUGCGUUGCUUCAGAGCGUCCCUCCAAAGACUUUCUCCUUUCCGUACUUUGAAGGAUCCUUCCAGCCCUUUAUCAGAUCUUCCUAUUUCCCAGCUGCCUCUGCCGUGGUCCCCAUCCCCGGCACCUUCUCCUGGCCACUGGCCGCCCGCGGCAAGCCCCGCCGUGGCAUGCUGCGCCGCGCCGUCUUCUCCGAUGUGCAACGCAAGGCACUGGAGAAGAUGUUCCAGAAGCAGAAGUACAUCAGCAAACCCGACAGGAAGAAGUUGGCCGCCAAGCUGGGCCUCAAGGACUCACAGGUGAAAAUCUGGUUCCAGAACAGGAGGAUGAAGUGGAGGAACUCCAAAGAAAGAGAGCUCCUCUCUUCUGGUGGCUGCAGAGAACAGACCUUGCCCACCAAGUUCAACCCUCACCCAGACCUCAGUGACGUAGGCAAGAAAUGUUCAGGAGAGGACGAGGAGGACGAAGUUCCCACUGUGUGCCCACCCAGCCCCCGGCAUCCCUUAACCUACCACCAGUCCCCAGAACAUCUACACUUGAGGGACAGACUGGACUCCCAGAUGUCUCCUUCUCCGUCCCAUUCUAGCAGCCCCAGCAAACCUUCAGACUUCUCAGACACAGAGGAAGAGGAUGAGGAAGGGGAAGAGGAAGAGGAGGAGAUAACAGUCUCUUAG